UUCCACCAUGGCUUUAGCAACAGCUGCCACCCUCACCCUCGCCGCCUACCUCGACGCCAAAUUCCACCUCACCCGCGAUGGAACCACCCUGCUCGGCCAGCGCCGGGCCCUGCGCGCCGUCCAACACGCCGCCUCUUCCGGGCGCAUCAACCCCUGGCUGCUCUUCCUCGACGCGGCCACCACCCACCCAGACAUGGUCUGCCUGUGGACGCGCGACCGCAGCUACACCUACCGCCAGACCCUCGCCGCCGCCACCCAAUACGCCCACUUCUACCGCAUCAAGGGCGUCCACAAGGGCGACCUGGUCGCCUUCUACCUGCAGACCCGUCCCGAGUUCAUCUUCGCCUGGCUCGGGCUCUGGAGUAUCGGAUGCGCGCCGGCUGCCAUCAACUACCACCUGACGGGGGAUGCAUUGACGCACUGUCUGGCGAUCAGCGGCGCGAGGAUCGUCCUGGUCGAUCCGGAGGCGGAUUGUCGGGCCCGGAUCGAUGCGAAGAGGCAUCCGAUCGAGGAGGAGCUGCAGAUGGAGAUCAUCCCCCUGGACGAGGCCUUCACGGCGACACUCUCUGCCCUCCCUUCGCACCACGACCAGACCGCCGCCAAUCCCUCAGCAAGGAACACCCCCCCAUCCUUCCCCGCCAUCCUCCUCUACACCUCCGGCACCACCGGCCACCCCAAAGGCUGCCCCUUCACCAUGUCCCGUCUGCAAUACACCGCCGCCCUCCGCCGCCUCGCCGCCAGCGACUCCCCCGGCCCCGCCGGCGAUCGGUGGUACAGUGCCAUGCCGCUCUACCACGGCACCUCCGCCAUCAGUCUCAUCGGCAACCUCCUGAACGGGCGCGCCAUCGCCAUCGCCCCUCGCUUCCGCGUCUCGACCUUCUGGUCCGACAUCCGCGACUCCCAGUCCACUGUCUUCGUGUACGUCGGCGAGGCUGCCCGCUACCUCCUCGCCGCGCCGCCCUCCCCGCUCGACCGCGCCCACCGUCUGCGCAUGAUGUACGGCAACGGGCUCCGGCCGGACGUCUGGGAGCGGUUCCGGCAGCGGUUCGGGGUCCCCGAGGUGGGCGAGUUUUUCAAUAGUACGGAAGGCGUGUUCACCCUCUUCAAUCUCAACAAGGGACCGUUCACGGCCGGCUCGGUCGGACAUCAUGGCGCCCUCAUGCGCCGCCUCAUGCGGGAUGUGUAUGUCCCGGUGGCGGUGGAGGCGGAGACGGGCGAGAUUCUCCGUGAUGACCGCACGGGUCUCGCCGUGCGGAGGGGCUAUGAGCAGGGCGGGGAGAUUCUGGUCCGCGUGCCCGAUGAGAAGGCUUUCGCGGGGUAUUGGGGCAACGAGCAGGCCACGCGGAAGAAGUUUGUGGGGGAUGUGUUGAGGAAGGGCGAUUUGUGGUAUCGGUCCGGGGAUGCGUUGAGGAGGGAUGCUGAUGGGAGGUGGUUCUUUUUGGAUAGGUUGGGGGAUACCUUUCGCUGGAAGAGUGAGAAUGUUCUCCCAAACCCUCGGCCUCUUCCCGGGAAUCCAAGAAGCCAACGUCUACGGCGUGCUGAUCCCGCACCACGACGGCCGCGCCGGCUGCGCCGCCCUGCACCUUGCCCGGGCCCCAACUCCCACUCCCACUCCCACUCCCAUCCCACAUCCACAGACAUCAGGAAUGGUGUUGGUAUUGACAUGACCGCCCUCGCCACCUUCCUCCACGCCCGCCUCCCCCGCUACGCCGUCCCCGUGUUCCUGCGCAUCGUCCAGAGCCCCUCGCACAUCCACAACCACAAGCAGAACAAGGGGCCGCUGCGCGAGGAGGGGGUCGAUCCGGGCAAGAUUGGCACCCAGGAUGUCGAGGGGAGGGGCGAUCGGUUGUUCUGGUUGCCUCCCGGACAGGGGGAGCGGCAGGGAUAUGUCCCGUUUGGGGAGGGGGAGUGGGCGGGUAUUAGUGAGGGGAGGGCGAGGUUGUGA